AUGUUGUUAUUUAAGGCAACCCCUGCAAUUAGAGGAAAUGAUACUGAUCAACAAGCAUUACUCCAGUUCAAAGCCAAGAUAACAGGUGAUCAGCUCAAUGUUAUGGAAACCUGGAAUAGUUCCAUUCAUUUCUGCCAGUGGCACGGUGUUACAUGCGGUCACAAGCAUCGGAGAGUCACUAAGUUGGAACUACAAUUUCUCAAACUGUCAGGAUCUUUAUCACCAUACAUUGGAAAUUUGAGCUUUCUCAGGGAGUUGAAUCUUGGAGGCAACAACUUCUACAACCAGAUUCCACAAGAAAUUGGUCAUUUAAUAAAACUAGAAAUAUUGGACCUGACCAAUAACUCCAUCAGAGGUGAAAUUCCAUCCAAUUUAUCUGCUUGUUCUGAGCUUACAAUCAUUGGUAUGAGAGGCAACCAGCUAACAGGAGAAAUACCUGCUUCUCUGGGUCUCUUGUCAAACCUGAAGUACUUGAGUUUUCACAACAACAGUUUGAAAUGGAGUAUCCCACCUUCAUUGGGAAACUUGUCAUCCCUGGAGGUGCUUGCCUUGACGAGGAAUGCAUUAACUGGGAUUAUACCUGAAGCUCUUGGACAAUUGACAAAUCUUUCAUUUUUUGCAGUUGCAACAAAUUCAAUCUCUCAAAUAUUAGUCUUUGAUAUUGGUGGAAACAAGAUCCAAGGUACUCUUCCUUCUAACCUAGGAAUCUCUAUGCCAUAUCUUGAGUUCUUUUCUGUAGGAGGAAACCAAGUCUCUGGACAAAUCCCGAUUUCAAUAACCAAUGCCACAGACCUUAAUGUACUUCAAUUUUCGUUAAAUAGAUUCAACGGAAAUGUGCCUUCAUUAGAAAAGCUGGAUAAAUUGAUAAGCCUUCAACUAGGCGUAAACCAUUUGGGACAUGGGAGAGAAGGGCAACAUUCCUUCUAG